AGAAACUUGCGAGAAUUUGAGAAGAAAAUAAAUUUCAGAAUUAUUAUUAAAAAUUUCCAAUGAGCGACCGACGGCGGCACGGAACAGAGGAUUAUCAAAUCGCCGGUCUCAAGCAUUCAAUGACAAGUGUCGCCUCAAGCUCCCACGGUGGUGCUGGAGACCUCCAACAACAAUUUUCCAGGGAAGAUCCACCCGUAAAAACUACGCAAUACACACUUCUUCAACUAAUCAAUAUGGUUCGAGAAAAUCCGAUUCUCUACGAUGAGGAGAUGCAAGCCGCCACGCCGGAUGCUCAGUUGAAGGUUCAGAAACGAGAAGCAUGGGAUCGGAUACGUGCUGAUAUAGUUUGGCAGGACAUCACUCUUGUUCAGGAAGUCUGGUCGGAUCUUCUCGAUCAAUAUGCUAGAAAAUCGAUUGAUAUGUCCGAUGGACUAAUUGAGGCAAUGCGAUGGACAGAUUCAUUGAUUUUUAAGAAGAAAUACUCUCGACCUCCUUCACAGCUCACCGCAAUGUCCUCCGGACUGGAUAAGGAUUUCUAUAAUGACGUUCCGCUGGCAGAAGAUGUAUUAGAACCCGGACAAAGUCUCGGAAAUUCUGAAUCCAUGAAGUUCGAUUAUGUGGUUAUUCAGCCUCAUGUUAGGCCACAUCAACAAAUUCCCACAUCUUCAUAUUCCCGUCGAAAAUCACCACAAUCAAGAGAAACAGAGGCAAUUGUUCGAACUUAUCCAUUAUCGCCGAAGCGGAUAGUGCAACAGCAUCGUAUGCCACAGAAGAAUAAUCCAGACCAACAACAUCAAAUGAAUGAAGUCAAAAAGGAAGUUAAUCCGUUUGGACGACAAGGUGUAUUGGUGGAGGUGGAACCAUCACCCUCCUAUGCUCAAUCGAAUACGAAAAUUUACAAAAUGGUCUCCGCGCAUAGAAGUGCAACGCCGCAACCUGCAGUUACAGUGGCUUCAUCUAGAAGAUUGGUACAUAUGCCUCACCGAACAAACUCCCUGGUUUAUGAUUCGAUGCCAGAACUUAUAGAUUCUUCAAAUAUGCCAUCGGAACCACCAAAAAAGAAAAUACACUUGGAAGUGGGUCAUCGAAAUAGUGAAAUGGUCGGUGUAUCAACCUCAUCAAAUGCCCCGUGUCUACCCAAAGAAAUUCUAACCGAUGGAGUCCCAAUUGCCGACGAUGAGAUUAUUUUAGAAGCUGAUGGAGAGUGUAAAAUAGGUUCUGGAAUGCUUCUGGAAUCUCAACAAUCAAGUUCACAAAAUCAUGAAAUGGAUAUGCCAUCAACUUCAAUGGAUCAUUAUCAUCAUCAAGAUAUUGAUGAUGGGGGUGUUGGAGAUGAUAUUGAGCAGCAAGUGGUGGUUGGAGGACCUUCUGAUGAAAUGGCGAUACAAUAUGAUGAAGAUCUCGCAUUUCAACAACAUAUCAAUAGUGUCUUGAACAGGUUAUCUGAUGAUGAGAAAUCCGUGAUGAAAUUCAACAUGCAAAAAAUUAUACUCGACGCAAGAUUUGGCUUAGGCACAGCCCGAAAUAUGCUUAAACACGAUGAGAUGCUGGAGGUAGAGUCACACGUGGAAAUUGAUCCGAAUCACGAAGUUCCUGAAGAGAUUUAGACAUUAAUUUGACGUACAAUGCUUCUGUAAUAUUUAAUUUGUUUUUUUCUUUUUUUCUGAAAAAAAUCCAUCCUUCUCCCGAAAUCAAUCAUAUCAGUGAACAUAACGUAUUCUUUUUUCUCUUUUCUCCUUUUCUCUCAAAAAUAUUUAUUUUAUUUUUUUCGAAUAUUGUCAUUUGUCAUAAUUUUCAGAUGAAAUCAAUAACAUUUUUAAUUUUAACAG